AUGACUGCUCUAGCCUUCCUCCGCGAGUUAUAUUCCCUCGACACCCUAGAUACGCGAUUUACCACUCCCUCGUCAGCGCCCCUGAAAUCGGUCGACGAGCGUCCUCACAAACCAAUAGGAAGAGAUGUCAAGACAGUGUCCGGGGAUGUCUCGCCGUCGCGAUGGAGAACUCCCGAAUUCUACUUUUAUGCGCUGGUGUUCCUGUUCUGCGUACCGCAGAUGUACUGGGCCGUAGUGGAGGUCUCGCAACCUGAUUCGCCGAACUAUUCGAAAUACGAGCAUUUGUUGUCUCCAGGCUGGCUUUUUGGUCGGAAAGUGGACAAUUCAGAUGGCCAAUAUGCCAACUUUCGAGACAAUAUCCCAUACCUAGCCGUUCUUGUUAUCAUCCAUCCACUCCUUCGACGGCUGUAUGAACGAGUCACGCUUCAGCUUCAUGAGUCACCGGCCGCCAACGGGAAUGCAAAGGUCCAGUCCGUCACGGCCGAAGCAAACCUCCGGCUCCAGAGCCGGGUCUCCUUCGACUUCUAUUCUGCAUUGGUCUACAUUGCCGUCCUUAAUGGCUUUUCGACGUUCAAGAUCCUUCUGAUCCUCUACAUUAACUUCAAGAUCGGCACCUUGCUGUCUCGAAACCUCAUUUCGGCUGCUACCUGGAUCUUCAAUAUUGCUAUUCUCUUCGCUAAUGAGCUGACCGAAGGCUAUCGCUUCUCAGCAUUGGGCGAGGCUAUUUCGCCGAUCAUACCUGCCGCGGCCAGCUGGGGCAGGUUUCUGGAUUCCCAUGCAGGCUUGAACCCGCGAUGGGAGGUUCUGUUCAAGAUCACCAUGCUGAGGAUGAUAUCUUUCAAUUUUGAUCGCUAUUGGUCACUAGAUCGAUCCAGGGCAGGAAGUCCUAUUGAGAAGAAACAACUCGAUCCAGCAGCGCUGUCAGAAAGAGACCGAGUCGCCAUGCCUGCUCCAGCAUCAACUUACACUUCGUUCCGCACUUACGUUGCCUACAUUCUAUACCCCCCCCUGUAUCUGGCUGGGCCAAUUGUGACAUUCAACGACUACAUUUCCCAAUCUAUGUACCGGGCGCCAUCGAUUACGGCAAGACGCACCACUCUCUAUGGCAUCAGAUUUCUGCUCACGCUGUUUUGCAUGGAGUUUCUUCUGCACACCAUCUAUGUCGUUGCCAUUUCCAAGUCUUCGCCGGACUGGUCGACGUAUACACCGUUCCAGCUCAGCAUGCUCGCCUAUUUCAAUCUGAACAUCAUUUGGCUGAAACUCAUGAUCCCCUGGCGCUUCUUCAGGCUCUGGGCACUCCUCGAUGGGAUAGAUCCUCCCGAAAACAUGAUCCGUUGCAUGAGCGACAACUACUCUGCAUUCGGCUUUUGGAGGUCGUGGCAUAGAAGCUUUAAUCGAUGGACUGUGCGAUAUCUCUACGUUCCACUUGGCGGUGGGCCUGGAGGCGGAACAGGCAAGAUCCGUGGAAUCUUCAAUAUGCUUCUCGUCUUCUCCUUUGUCGCCUUGUGGCACGACAUCAACCUCAGGCUAUUGAUGUGGGGCUGGCUUGUUGUACUGUUCGUCUUACCUGAAGUCCUUGCGUCCAUGGCAUUCCCCAGAUCCAAAUGGACUGCCCGACCUGAAGCCUACCGAGUCCUCUGUGGAAUUGGGGCAGUAGUCAAUAUCCUCAUGAUGAUGGCUGCCAAUCUUGUCGGAUUUGCAGUCGGGCUGGAUGGACUGAUGGGACUGUUGCAUGGUAUAAUUGGCAGCUGGCACGGCGCAGUGUUCAUGUUUGGUGCUUGCUUUGCCCUUUUUGUUGGGGUCCAGGUCAUGUUUGAACAUCGCGAGGAAGAAAAAAGGAAUGGUAUCCGACUGAAGUGUUAA